CCAAAUUGUAACAUAUCUGUAUAAAGUGAUACAAACGUGACAAAUAUUUAGCUUCACAUAAAGUUUGUGUGGGGAAAAUUAGUAGAUAUAGAAUUGAACCAAGAAUAUACAAAUGACAAAAGGUAUAGUUGCAAUGUCUUUGCACGGGCUUGUAAUGGUGGGCGCGAUCGCGCUCGCGCUUUGGGCGGCGGGCGUCAGCGCCGGCGCAGCGCGCUACGAUACCGCGACGCCUUACACUCCGCCCUCUGUGAAAUACAAAUACAUACCGCUACACCACAUGAAUGAAGAAUCUGCUCCUUCGACCGAUGAACCAGAAGAUGGCAAUUGGGGUUCACAGAGACCGAUUUCGGAAGUUAUCCUUACAGUUCUACGCACCGCGCUCGAUGUUAUUAGAAGAGUCAAUAAAAAACGGUCUAGUACACGGUUGCUUGCUUCAGGCGCCAAUAAUACAGCAGUCCAGUUGAGUCGCAGUGAUGAUAAAAACAUUACAUCAGAAAGCGGUCGAGGAUUCGAGGAAUAUUACGACGAGCACCACUACCAUGAGACGACUACCACUGCUAAGCCUAUGAAGCAGGGAAGAUACACGGACCCCUGGGCCGGAUACUAUGACUGGAUCAUUAACGAAGGUUCCUUCAAAUUCUGGAGUGUCUUUCAACUAUUCACCGCUGCCCUGCUUCUCUACGCGUGUCUGUCAGCCAUCUACUACGCAAAGUUCAAUCCCAUAAUUCCGGAUUACAGUUUAGAAUACGACGACUAUUUCUUAGAACGCACUGUAGGGAGGAAAGCGAGAAGUGUUGACAGCUCGGAGUUGCCAUCAGGCUUGAGUUGGAUGAAUCCAACCACGUUUCAAUUCAUAUUAGAUGCCAUAUCGACACAUUAUCAAGAGUAA